AUGCGUGUUCUCUAUUGGAAUGCUCAAGGCUUGGCUAAGGAUGGUGCUAAGGCCAAGCUAAAAGAGCUUCAGAUUUUGCACAAUCCUGAUGUUAUUUGUAUUGCAGAAGCUCAGGUUUUCUGCUCUGUUCGUUUUGUCAGAUCUUUGAGGUUGGUCGACUUCUCUGAGGAUGUAGUUACGAAUGAGGCUGGUGAUGUUAAAGGCAAUCUGUGGGUUAUGUGGAAGAACUCGUUAGCUAGUCCUAGCAUUCUCUCUUCUUCUAGGCAAGCUAUUACAGUUGAGGUGGAAGGUAAUAUUAUUACAGCAGUCCAUGCUUCUUACAACCCAGUCACAAGAAAAAUGUUGUGGCGUCAAUUGGAUUUGGGCUCUACUUCGCUCCCUUGGCUGGUCUUGGGUGAUUUCAACUGUGUGUUACGCAUGGAAGAAAAGAAGGGUGGAAUUCCAAUCAAAGAGGUCUAUAUAAAUGAAUUCAGAAGUUGGAUAUCAGAUAAUAGAUUGGUGGAGGUGGACUCUCUGGGCAAGAAAUACACAUGGUCUAACCGCCAAAAAGGUAGUAGAAGAAUUGUUUCCAAGCAUGAUAGAGCUAUGGUUAAUGAGGCUUGGUUCUUCAAAUAUGAGAACUGGAGAUGUAAGGCAUUGCCUAGAAUCUGUUCUGAUCAUUCUCCCCUUAUUGGCUUUGCUUUCCAAAGCUCAAGACCGAAAAGAGCUCCUUUUAGAAUUCAGAAAAUGUGGAUGUUGCAUCCAAGUUUUAUGAACUUGGUUAAAGAAAAUUGGAAUCUGAGUAUGGUGGGUGCCCCUCCUUGGGUUUUUGCCAGCAAGCUUAGAAGACUUAAAGAUGCGUUGAAAGUUUGGAACAGAACGGUGUUUGGUGAUGUUCAAUUUAGGUUGAAACAAGCUGAGCUUAAGCUGGAUGCUGAAAUGGACCUGCUUGAUUUAGAUCCAGCUGAUGAAGUGCAGUUCUCUAGGGUGGCUGAUGCCAAGAAAGCAGCUGAUGAUGUGCGGGUUGACCUGGCUUCUAUGCUUCGUAUGAAGUCGAGAGUUACUUGGCUGGAAGAAGGAGACCAAAACACUAGAUUUUUCCACAAUAGCAUUCGCAUGAGGAGAAGCCAAAACACUAUCUCGGAGCUCAAAAUUUCUACUAACUCUACUUUGUUUUUGCAGGAGGACAUUAAAACUUUUCUUGUCAACCAUUACAAGGAUAAAUUCAAUGGUGGGGAUACUUGUAUUGAUCCAAAGCUGUUUGACUUUGAUCAUGAGCGUAUUUCUCCUCAGGAGAGUAUUCUCAUGGACGCUAUUCCUUCCUUAGACGAGAUUAAGGCUGCUGUGUUCGAUUUGGGUGCUGAUUCUGCGCCAGGCCCUGAUGGCUUCUCUGGGAAUUUCUACAGACUUUGCUGGGAUACGAUCUCUGCAGAUCUUUGCAAGGCUAUUGUCAAUUGUUGGGAAAUGCGGAAAAUUCCAAUGGUAUUAACUCAAGUUUCAUUGUGCUCAUCCCUAAAAAUAGCAAGUCUGAUGCUGUUAAAGACUACAGGCCAAUUGGUUUGA